UCAUCUCAUCUUCCACAAGAAAGAGGGACAAACCAUCUUGCUUUCUUCGCUCCUCUCUCUCUCUCGGCGCCCUCCUUUGUCGAGGGGCCCCAGCGAGUGGAAGCCAGAGGAGCAACCCCGUCCGUCCCUCCCUCCCUCCCUCCCAAGUGUGUGCUAUUAUUAUUUCUUCUCUAACCAGCAAAAUCCCAACUGGAGUCAUGUCCACCUUCUCCUUUCCCUCCUAUUUUUAGCAUCUUCCCCUCGACCACCUUCACACCCCCACCAACACCAACGGCAUCUUCUGUUCCCCCGAUAUGGCGAAAAAUCUGGAGGACCCGGCGUUCUGGCUUCCAUCCGACUUCCUCUGCGACGAUUUCUUCCUCGAUGGAGGAGGGAAGAACCGUAGCGGGGCGGAAGCAGCCGGGGUAGGCGAUGUUUGCUUUAAUGGCGAGCUUCCAUACGGGUUCGGUUCCAAUCCACCUUCGCCAGUGGAGUCAGUGACCGGAACCGAAAGCGAUGAAGAAGACUACAUGGCCGGACUCACUCAAAAGAUGGCUCACUGCUUUCUCAAGGACGACGACAAGGUGUCCUGUGCUCUCCCUGGUGGCGACAACGCUAAGAUGCGGAUGAUGCUCGGCUCUCCUCAAUCGACGCUGAGCGCGUGGUCCGCCUCCGGCAAGGGGAGGCCGACCGGCCCUUCGCUGGUUUCCUCCCCACCAUCAUCUCCGAUGGAGCAGCACGAGGAAGAUCCCUGGGAUGUUCUUUACGAAGCCGCAGGACAGGUGAUGCGGCUGAGGUUAAACGAACAGAUCAUUCAGGGUCGCGGUCUGCUUGGGCCGCCUAGGAAACCUUCUCCGCCGAUUCCCGCCCCUUCCCAGAACCCCCACAAAACCGGCUAUUAUCAUGCUGCAGUGCUCACCAAGCAGCAGUUGCAGGCGGCUCAGUUUUAUCAUCUGAAGCAGCAGCAAUUAAUGAAGCAACAGCUUUCAGCCGCAUGGGGGAGGCAGGGCAGAGCGAGGGUCGGCGGCGGCGGUGGCGGUGGGGGUUAUUCCAUCGAAGGGCGGUGCGGAGGCCGAUCGAUGGGUCUGCCGCCGCCUCUCCAGAAGCAGCAGCAGCAGCAGCAGCAACCCCAACCGGGGUCUGGGAUGAGAGCUGUUUUCCUCAACGCACCGGGUGCCAGAAGGGAAUCUGCUGGCACCGGUGUGUUUCUGCCCCGGAGGGUCGGAACUCCAACCGAGUCCCUCAAGAAGCCAGCUUGCUCGACUGUGCUUUUGCCGGCUAGAGUCGUUCAGGCUCUUAACUUGAUCCCGGAGGAAUUGGGAGCCCAGCAACGGUAUCCUGGUGGAUUUGUUCUUGACCACGAUGCACUGGUUGGGCGGACCAACAACGCGCUGUCCCAACCGAAACGGAGCCUCCAUCACCAACCAUCGGCCGUUGCAAGCCAUGACAUCCUCCUACCCCAAGAAUGGACUUACUAACUCUUCUCCACUGACCUCUCUUGCUGCUUACUGGUAGCGUGUAGUCUCCCGGCAGGUAUAGGUUAGGAUUUCAACUUAUAGUUGGAUUUUAAAAAAUGAAAAAAAAA